UGUGGCAGGCGGUCCGCGGCUCGCGCCGCCAUUCUGGAUAUUUUGACGGGAAGGUCGGUCACGUGACUCGACGGCGGGCGCGGGCGCGGGUCGCGGGGCGCCGGCUAGACUCUCCAGUAGCCGAGCCAUCCGUCUGCUGCUUUGACUGCGGCCGGUCGCGGGAAUCCACGCCCCAGUCUCACGCGUCCGCAUCUAUUACGUACCAUUUUGUUCUAAUCAGACCUGAGUUUUAUGAAUGCAGUUUACAAAUACUAAAAGAAUUUUGUGAUUGCAGUGGGUGCAGUACCAAUUUUUAAGCAAGAGGUGCGUUUAUUUUGUGUCAAACUGAGGUUAUUUGCGUAUUUUUUGCACGGGUGUGCGUGCGGCGACGGGGCGGAGACGCCGACGUUGAGCAGAGUGUGCUCGGCCGGGCCGUCGCGACGGCACACUCGGCUCGGCAGACAUGUUUCGGUCGCGGCCGGAGCGCGUCGUGCGUGCAGGCGCGUAGGCUCGCUCGUGACAUGCGCCUGCGAAGCCGCAACGACAGUGGAGGUGAUCGAACAUGGAUGUAGUGACGCCGCAUAUCACCUCCGUGCUGAAGACAUACCAGGCGAGCGCGCCGCGCAGCCUGCAGGGCCCGGGCUGCGGGCGCGCCGAGCCUUGCGGCGACGCGCCGCCGCCGCCACCGCCGCCCGCCGCUCCGCCGAUCUUGCUCGCCGCCGACACCGUGCUGGGCGAGCGAGGCGAGACACUGCUAGAGGGCGAACCCAUCUCAUGCUUCAGCGUGGGUGGCGAGCGGCGGCUAUGCUUGCCACAGAUCUUAACUUCCGUGCUGACGGACUUCACGUUAGAACAAAUCAACCGCGUGUGCGACGAGCUGCAGAUCUACUGUUCUCGGUGCACGCCUGAGCAGCUGCACGAGUUGAAGUCGACGGGGGUGCUGCCCAAGUCAGCGCCGUCGUGCGGCCUCAUCACCCAGACGGACGCGGAGCGGCUGUGCGCGGCACUGCUGCACUCGCCAGCCGCCUCGCGCCCGCACAAGUUGCCGGGCUUCCGGGUCUACCACGAGUGCUUCGGCGGCGCGCGCGGCGUCUGCGCCGUCGACCUCAACUUAGUGCAGUGUUUGGAAUGUCGAUCUCUAUACAAUCCCCGCCGCUUCGUGUGUCAUUCGCACGAGUCGGAGCACCGCACGUGCCACUGGGGCUUCGACUCGUCGCGAUGGCGGCGCUUCCUGCUGGUGGCCGAGGAGGAGUUGGACAAGGAGAAGUGUAACGCACUGCUGGACGAGCUCGCCUCGCGGGAUGCGGCGCCAGCUCCCGCACUUCCUCCAGUUCCACUCAAACUGCAGAGUUUACCGUUGAAGAGAAAACAGGUGGUGGAGACAGUGGUGUGUAAGCCGGAGCCGCCGGAGUCUCCGCCGAAGAAGGUGCGCAGCGAGGACUACACGACGUACGCGCUACUGCUGGACCCGUACGCGCUGCACUACCGCGCGCUCUCCGCCUUCCGACCAUGGGACAAGCGCGAGCCCGUGCUGCAGCACCCCGAGCGCGUGGUGCGCGUGGCGGACUGCACGUCCUUCGAGCGCGACUACCAGCCCAACGUGGCGCUGAAGCCGCUCACCCCGCCCGUGGACGACGUGACCUCGUCCACCUCGCCGCCGCCGCACAGCGACUCGGAGCUGGCCGCGCGGCUGCUGGACGCGGAGGCGCGGCUGGCGGAGCGCGCGCGGCAGCUGGACGAGCGCGAGGCGGAGCUGGCGCGGCGCGCGGCGCGCCUGGAGCAGCGCGAGGCGGAGCUGGCGCGGCGCGAGCAGGCGCUGGGCGAGCGGCCGCCGGGCGAGCGGCCCGCGCCGCCGCCGCCCAAGCUGGAGGAGGCCGAGCCGCCGCCGUGUUGACCUACGCGCGUCAUCACCCGGCUCGCUCUCAGUGACUCGCGAUGAACGCUCAGUGACAUUGCGUCUCAGUACACACAGUACAAAGCCCGGAGGUGCUGACCCGAUCACGAAGUACGCUCACGUACGCGGCACCCUGUAAAUAUUUUUCUCUACUUGGAUAUUGUUGAUCUUUGAAACCGAGUCGAUCGAGACCUCUUUCUAUUUAUACUGUUUUGAAUAAUUUUAUGUGGCGACACCUGUUUCAGUGUUGCCACGACGUGCAGAUUCAAUGAGAGAAUCGUUUUUACCACAGAUUAUACAGUAGCAUGAUGCAGAUAAAAAAUAGUUGUACAUAAUCAUAUCAAGUACAGUUUUAUGAAAUUAGUUUUUGUACAAUAUACAGUUUUUCUUGUAGUCUCUUCAACGUGUGCCAUUCUGAGGUACGUCUGUUACCUUUUCAUAUAACCUCAACUCUGUGCUUUUCCAAUACCUUAUUAACAAAAUACUCACAUAUAAUAUAAUAUAGUAAAAUAGUUAUAAAACUACAACCAUAAGCAUAAUUUAUACAGGGUUAUUUUUAAGAUUUAUUUGCAAUAUCUGUGUACAUACAAUAAGCAAUAAUAUCAGCGUUUUAAGUUAUCUUCUACUCGUGUACAGUACAUAAACUUAUUAUAAACCUCAUAUUCCGGAAUAGUAACAAGUCGAUACGAUCAGUGGGCGGUGUUACACUAUAAAUCAUUCGAUAAUCACGUUAUUACUUAUAAAGCUCAUUCUACACGCGAUAUAAUAGACCCAUUACGUAAAUCAUUAAACAUUUUUGAUGGUGUAAUAUCGACCUGCCUCCUACAUUUUGUUCUGCGUCACCUUCGUUUGAAUAAAUAACUCUGUAUAAACCUCAGCCAUACCAAAUAGUAAUAAUACUUGAAACGAUUACUUGCAUCAUACCUCUUAUAUGUUAAAGGUUGUAUGAAAACCACGUGGAAAUAAGUUUAUAUUUGUUUACAGACACAAGCCGAUCGUAGAAGGAAUGAGGCACAUUCGUAAUGUUUAUAGUUAAUCGUGGAGAUUUUGUUGUGUCCGCUCUACAGGAACUUUUGUUCUGUCGCCUGUACCUCAGAGCUGUGAGAGUAAAGCUAAUAUUAUGGCUUCUACAGCCGACCGUGGACGUCUUCCAUCUGUAUUUUACAUUAUUCAAUCUAAUGCUAUGUCUUCAGGUUUUUUUUACUGAUGAUUUUAGUGCAGUGGCAUAGUGAUAACCAUUGGUUCCCCUGACUAGUUUGUAACAGGCAUUAACAAUAAUCUAAAGAAGAGUUUCAUAUUGUGUUGUUUAAUGUUAAGGUUUUACUGAUUUUGCGGCCUUUACUAGGCUUCUACUUGCACCCAUAAUUACACAGAUUUAGCCACCCUAUCGUUAUGCCACUGAACAAAAUAUUUCCUUCAAUAAUUAUGUGAUCCGUGCGCGUCUCACAGCUCUGGUGACAGUUGUUAAUAUUUCGUAAGUUAUAACUACUCUAGUAGAGUCCAGGCCAACAAAAUUAUCUUUAAAUAAGGGUGUAUCCCGCAGUCUACCUCAUUGUACAUAAAAAUUUAUUGGUCUAAAUUAAGAAAAACUAUGUAAGACACUGAUUUUCAUUUAGAUUCUAUUCUAUUCUACAAAUUGUUUUUUAUCGAGCAAUAAUUUUUAAUUAAUUACGGUGGAAUCAUCACUGCCUGAUUCUUGUAAUGUGUUAGGUUUUGUAUUUUUUCAAAACGAAAAAAAAAAGAAAUUGGUUGUCAACAAGUGGUCUUUGGUGGUGUUCGGAAACUCUUUGGACGUACAUCCACAUACUUGGAUUUUGGUUGCUCAGACUCCAUAGUAUUUCAGUCCACGUGUAGAAGAACAUACCGUCAAUAAAAUUCCUAAUUGGUUCGGUCGAUACUAAAAUAAUAAUUAUUGUAAUUUUUACAUUGUCAUCACAAGCUUUGAUAUAUCUUUAGUUUUCUUCUAAGACAUAAGUCUUUUUUCGUAGCAUUUUAAUUUAUUGAAAACUUGUGAUUUUACGUCGUAAACAAGAGUUUAACGAGUGAUGAGUUUUUAAAAUAUUUUUAAGAACUCGAAAGAAAUGUUAAAUAAGUAGGCAUUGUCGAUUACAGAAAUGCGGCUGACGGACUUUUACGUUUAAAUAUAAUUUAUAUACCUUUUUGUAAUAAAUUUGAGCCACGCGUUUUAGCCUUUGCCAGUAACAGUGCAUUUUGUUUUAGUGCAUAUUUUUUGUGACUGAGCAAUUUAUUAUUUAUGUAUUAAACUUGUGUCAACGGGCACUUAUUUCGGAUGAUUUAUGUUCGAACUUGUGAUUAUAAGCUAUGACCUCAUGGCGCCUCGAGUUAUUUUAUUUUUCAUCUGGUACGAACAUACGAAUUAUCAGGCGGUCAUUAAAUCUUAACAUAAUAAUUAGCGUUGGAUUUGCAUAUAAAUUACUAAUACAACAAUUUUGUUUAAAAUCAUCAUUUUGCUAUAUUUUUUGAUAAAAUAUCUAACAUCAACAAGAUACCAGUUUACAUACAUUCUCAAAGUACAUCACCGUUCAGUAUUUUCGUGUUUAAAUUCCUAUUUUUUUAGUUUAAACUGCUAUUGCCAAAAUGUUCAUACCAGAUUUGAGGCAACUUUGUAAAAUAAACCCCAAUUACAUUUUUGUGUUUUAAAAUUAUUAGCUAACUAAAGGAAUCAUGGAUAAAAAGGAUUGUACAUUAUUGUUGGAAGUUGGUGUAACUAUUUUCUUGUCAUUAUCGCGUCUAGAAAGAGUAAUCUUGUCUUGAAAUGUCAAAAAAAUUAAAAUGGCCGACGCAGUGGCGGGAAAAUGGUUACGUCAAAUUCUAUCCCCUUUUAUUCCAUGAAAACUAUGUUAUAAAAUAUUUCACGACAUUAAUUGGCAGCAUAAUUUAUUAUUAUAAAAUAUAUCGUGAGAUUUACAAAGCAGUUUGUGAUCUCUUAUCUCGUUACAGAUACAUUUUUCAAUUCAUUAGCUAAACAUCGCCGGGGUGAAGAGAAUCCAUCAAAUUGAAUGAGUUGUGAAAUAUGAUUUCACGGAGUGACUUUGGCUAAGCUCAAAUUGUAGAAAUGAAAUCGAAACGAUUUUCCUUUUGACGAUAUUUUUUCCUUCGAAGAGUGCUAUGUUACGUAGUUAGUUGUUAUAGAAUAAGAUUUCAGUUUUAGAAUAGGUUAUAUCUCUAGUCAGAGACACUUUGAAAAAAUAAAUUACCAUUUACUUAUUAAUAUAUAUUAUUCAAUAUAGGUACCGUAAGCGAGUGUAAUAAGAAUAACUUAUUGUUUUAAACAUUUAAUAGUGUACAUUAGAAAUGGACUGCAUGUCAUUAUAUUAUAUAAGGUACCUCAUAUGUAUAAUUAUAUAUAUAUUUAUAUAUUAUUGUGAAACUUUUCUGUCAGUACUGUUGUUGGAUAAUUUUGGUGCUACAAUGUUUUGGCUUGGCUAACUUAGUAAUUAAUUGUAUAUAUUUUAGUAUUUAUUGGCAAAUAUUUUGGUUCUACUAAUAUCUUUUUUCUUUUUUUAAA